GGCUGGGAGGGAGAUGUGGCAACGGUGUGUUGGUAGCAAGUGUAAUGGAAGGGAGCGAGACAUCCACCCUGUGUUUAUUUUAGAAGAAUUUGGUCUAUGCACAGUUUUUUUUACGAAAGAGAAGAAUUCAACAUACUACAUAGGUUAUAGACAGGCAGAAUUUUCAACAUGGAAGCGGUAGCAAAACAUGACUUUAAUGCCACAGCUGAAGAUGAGCUCAGUUUUAGGAAAGGGCAAAUCUUAAAGGUUUUGAAUAUGGAAGAUGAUAUGAACUGGUAUAGGGCAGAAUUGGAUGGCAGAGAAGGACUUAUCCCCAGCAACUAUAUUGAAAUGAAGAGUCAUGAAUGGUAUUAUGGCAGGAUAACACGUGCAGAUGCGGAGAAGCUUUUACUUAAUAAACAUGAAGGAGCGUUUCUUAUUAGGGUCAGUGAGAGUUCUCCUGGUGACUUCUCACUAUCAGUCAAUGGUUCGUUGGAAGAUAAAGAUAAACCUCACUCAUCUCCACGAUGUGGUGAUGGUGUACAACACUUUAAAGUUCUACGGGAUGCACAAGGCAAGUUUUUCCUAUGGGUUGUUAAAUUCAACUCCUUAAAUGAACUGGUAGAAUAUCACCGAUCAGCCUCAGUCUCCCGCUCACACGAUAUCAAGCUCAAGGACAUGACUCCAGAAGAGUACCUAGUGCAAGCUCUGUAUGACUUCACUCCACAAGAACAUGGAGAGCUGGAAUUUAAGCGUGGCGAUGUUAUCACUGUAACAGAUCGAUCAGACCAACAUUGGUGGACUGGUGAAAUGGGUAACCGUAGGGGACUCUUCCCUGCUACAUAUGUUGCGCCGUACCAUACUUAGGUGGUUGCUGAAAUACCUCCCCUCCCUGGUACCUUUCCUUCUCAAGAGAUACCUACUCUUGUGUAUCCCUUAUUCUUAAAGGGUGCCCCACCUAGUUUUGGUCAGGUUUUCCCAGACUGUAUCUAGACAGAGACUGUGAAUGAGACCUUGUUCAAAACUGAAAAUAAGCUGGUAUGGCUAGGUUGGCCUUGGCUUAUAUGGCAAAAGACUGAGGGAGGUGAUGGUUGGCUUGCCACUAGUAAUACAGUUACAGUACCGUACUUAUUUCUGUGGCUUUCAUCCCAGUCAUUAGUUAGGCCAACAUUAUAUUUUGAGGUGAUCCACCUGCUGUAAUGAAAUAGCCAGCCAUGUUUUAUGUUUUAUUAUUGGUGCCAUUUCAUACCUUUCAUCCACUGCAGUUUUGUAGAGAGUCAUUCUUUAAGAAAAUUGCAUGUGUCUUAUUCUUGCCACAAGCUCAUAUUUUAUUGCUGAUUUUUGUAAACUGACUGUGUUGAACUAAAGUAUAUGAUCACUAAAGUAUUGAAAUAUGCAGUAGCUUGAGGAGUAAAUCAACUUAGCCUUGCAUGGCUUUGAACUUUACCAUGGUUAUUCUCAACUGUAACAAUCCUAGCACAAAAAUUGAUGAAUUUUGCAAAGUGUUUAUACCCCACCUACGCACCUUACCAUCUUUAGCUGAAUCUAAGAUACCUUAUGGCACAAUGAUCAGUGAACUGAAAAAAUCUCUUCUUUAGCAUACUUUUUUCAUCUUUUCCAAUAAAUCCUGUUGCACUCUGGGGGCCUUAAAUUCAGGUAAAGGUGGUCCAAUUGUUAGGAAUAUGAUACCAGAAAAUGAAGCUGUAGACUUUGGUUUUAUGAUAACUGGUAAGCACAAUUUUUAUACUGGUAGAAUUCUAAUGAAUAUAUGGAAUGUAUGAAGUUAUAUGUACAUGAUAAGCCGGCCAAAUAAUGAGUUGACUGGGUAACGUAAGUUAGAGUGGAGUGUAAGAGAAGGCCAAGCAGAGGAAGUAGUGGUUGUGAGAUUUCUAUCAUUAUACACCUGGAUGCUGAGUAACAAUGAUUUUCAACCAAAUGUUUGUUGUUGUUAACACAUUCUAUAAUUCAUAGAAUUUGUUUAAUUAUAAAUAAUUUAAAAAAAGGUAAAGAGUUUUACUUUUCUGAUAGUUUCGAUGUGUUUGAUGAUAUAGAGUUUUUUAAUGAUUCUUCCUCAUUUAGUAUGUGUCACAUGGAGGCUAUCUUGGCUUCAGAGGUCUUGGGGCAAGCUUUCUAAGUAUGCUCAGUAAGAGGACAAAUUUUCCUCUGAUAUAAUAAUACUUCCUUUUGUAAUUUAAGUUUACAUUUUUUUGUUUUUCUCAAGGUCAUAAUGAAAAAGGAAAUUAUUUAGUCUUCAGAAAUGCCGCAUGUUUUGUAGUCCCACUGUGCACAGUUUAGAGAUGCCCCAUAGCUCAAAGCACCUAAGGUAAAUAGUGUUUGUUCCUAGUUUGUUCCUUCAAAGUGUGGAUUGUUUAGCCAGAUUAGUAUUGCAGAGUGACAUGUUGCAAGCUUAUGUUGUAAUAUAAAAUAGAAGAUUUGUUAAUUACCUGCUUUAGAGAACUAGCUAGAUUCUGUCCCAUUAUUGCUUCCAUAGACAUUAAUGACCUUAAUUUUGUAUAAAGAAAAAAAAUGACCUUGGUAUGUGAAUCUUGCUUGUGUGAAACUUGAGGAUAGUCAAAUUCAUAUUAUGUUGAAGUGUGUUUACCAAAGCUGAUAUUGUCUUGAGUUCUUUAGAUUUUGAUGAAGAUAUCAUUCUUGAACCUGAAGUAAACAUGUUAUGAAAAUAAUUAAGAAUCAGAUUUUCACUCAUAAGAAUAUUCAAUAUAAUAUGGUAGUAAUAUUUUUUCUCAUGAUUUACUUAAUCACAAAAUUUAUUGUUUGAAUUUUUAUAAAAAAAGAUCUAGCCAUAACAUUGAAGUCUGUUUUAAUGUACAGUAUUGUGAAGCUUUUGAAAAAUGCUAGCUUGAAAAAUAAGGUUGCAUAGACAUGAAUACAGUAUAUCAAAAUCUUGUGCCUCUUGAAAAUGUUGCUUAAAUUUUUCCCUAAUGGUCAAGGUGUGGUGUUCUCAUUGUAGUAAUAUUUUCUGGGUAUUGACCUAAAGCCAAAUGGCUCUGUUAAUGGAGUAACUUAUUAGGGGAGUGUCCUUAAACAACCCCCCAUAAUACCAACCAGGGUAAACCUGUUAAGCCAUUUGGAUGUUACAGUAUGACUACCCCUUCCCUACCUAUCACAAUAUGGGCUUAAAUGGUAGGAACUUGGUUCUACAGUUGCACCAAAAUACUACUGUCCAUCAUCUUCGAUUCUAGGCCACUUUGCUCUUUUCAAUUCAGUUACAUUCAGUGUCCAAGAGGACUGUUGCAAAAGACCAGCUGUACUUGACUCUGCUUAUAUUCUACAAAAGUUGAGUGUCAGCCCCUUUCCACAGCUCUAGAUGUUGUUACAUAGAGUAUAACAUAUAUAAGCUCUUACAUGCAUCGGUUCAUAGGAUUUGUUGAUGUGUUACCAACCUUGCUGGGUCGAGGUUAGUGUGCCAAAAGCUGACCACUUCUCAUAUUUUGUGGUUUUUUAUGUAUAUGGGUAGGAACUCUCCCCAAGCAGAUGAUCUUACAUAUGAGACCAGGAUAGCCAUGAGGUGGUGAACGUUUUGAAGUAAUUCCCUUAUAUGGUUUAAUUCCAAGGAGUUUAAUACCAUACAAUUUUAUUUUUAAGAAUUAAUCAUAAGAAAUCAGAAUUACAUACCUGUUUCCUUAAACUGGGCAACUUUUCACUUUUUAUUUUUGGGAAUACAGUAUAACUUUUAUUUAUUUGAUAUAUUGUAAUACACUGUAGUGAUAAGUGAAGUUUUUUUAAACUUUAAAAUUCUGGGAUAUUACUAGAUAUUUGUGAAUGAACACUUUAUUGCAGACAGACUGUGUGUCCAAUUCUUUUUGCUGAUCUCAAAUGGCUUUAGGCUUUUGGGGAUUUUCCUUAACUUUUAUGCAGGAAAAAAUUAGACUGGUCUCUAGUGUUUAUUCCAAUUUUGGAGAGUAAGCAGGAGGAAACACUGCCACAUGAAGAUAGUUUGGGAUUUCAGUUUGCUCCUUUUGGCAGUUAAUGAAAUUCUUGCUUUUCAGGCACAUUUAUGAAGGAUCUUAAGCAGAUGAUGUGGACAGCCCCUUUUUGGGAUUCCAGUUCAAUGGAAAUUUAAAUCCUUGGGUAGUUUGUAGUUAGGUAGUGGGUUUUCAAUAUGUCCAGGUAUUAGGAUAUAGGUAGUAAAUUUGUCCCAUGCAAGUAUGUAAAUUGGCUUUAAAAUGGUGAUUAGGAUGAUGAUGUUGAGGUAUAUAGGGGCCAUGGAGUAGUUCUGGACCUAAAACAAAUGAAUGUGUCUGUUUCUAAUCAAAAAUUUUUGAUGACUCCUUAAGGAAGUGAGGUUGAACCUCAGGGUGGGAAUGUGGUUCGCCUUCAUUAUUUUGAAGGAUGAUAAUUGAUCUGCCCCUGUUCACAGGAGCUUUAGGAAGUUUCUAACUUACAAGGGAUCAUCCUAACAGAUUGAAAAUAGCUCCCAAGGGUCUUAACAAAAUUUUUCGAGUCCUUUUGGAUUUAAUCCAUAAAAGGGAGUAUUCUGCAUCAUCUGUCUGAAUGAUUGGUUGAUUCUGAGUUCACCACCACAAGGGAUGAACUGGUUUCAUAAUAAAUAAAAAAUAGGGUAGGUUGGCACUGAAUCAGAAUUUUAAGUAGCUAGGUUUACAAUGAGAUACUAAGGUCUUCCUCCUAAUUUCUUCACUAUUGGACUAUUUGAUAAAUUAUUUGGCUAAUGCCAGAUGAUUUUAUUUGGCACAAUGGAUUCCUAACUUUACAGUAGGGGAAAUGAAGGUGUGAAAGGUAUUGCUGUCCACAUUGCCUAUUACUGCACAGUGUGCUAUAUUCACACUACAGUACCUCUAAUGGGCUGACAGGCCUCUAGUACCCAAUUAGGCCUAGUAUGAAUUGGUUUCCACCCAAACUUAAACUUAUUCUGACGCCUCCUAUUCAUUUACCUGUCUUGUCCCACAAAUUGGAUAGAGAAAUGACCUUAUGAUCUAAUCCUCAGUAUGAUUCGUGCUGGUAUUUUUAAGGUUGCUUUGUCUCCAUAUUCUUUAAAGAGGUGCAGGUUAAGUUUAAAUUCAAUGUUGGUUAUCCAUUGAGGGAUUUUGGUAGUGAAACGGAACUCACUCACGUUAAAUUUAUAAUUAGUAACUGUUAAAUAGCUUUUCAACCUCCACAAUGUGUGUAUAGUUCAGUUAUCUUAUAUGAUUUCAACCAAACAUCUCUGAGAGAACAAAGCCAUCUGUUGUCCAGAAUAACGUUGGGUUUGUACAGUAAGAAAGCCGAGGAGUAUUAACCUCCCACAUUAUGAUGACAAUGGGUCGACUCUCACUGGCAGUGUAUGUCUUUCCUGGAGCUCUUGUAGCACCACCUCUCUUUUUGUCUGGUUUAUGUUACCCCCCUUGUGUAUGAGCUCCCUUCUGAGCUGAAUAAAAUCGUCUGGCAUUAGCCAAAUAAAAUAUUAAAAGUGGUGUCCCUAUAGUGAAGGGAUUAAUGAAAGCUGUCUGGUUUAGAGCACUAGCCAGAAAUGGAGGAUUUAUCCAACAGAGCCUGUGGUUAGGCAGCUCUGAAACCCUCCCUCCUACAUUGGGUCCAUGACUAAACAGCUGGAACUGAAUAGAAAUUAGCAAAGUGAUCUAAAAUCAAAGAUGGCUGACAGUAGCCUCUGCAUGUUGUGUGUUGAUUGUGCUGACACUGUAUUAACGAGACCUCCAGCCUGCAGCCCAAAGUACCCCCUGAUUUGGAGCCAGCGGUGGGACAGGAAUGAAAGUGUGAUUGGAAUAUUGAAAUGGAUUAACAGGUUAGUUAUGCUAGAAGUAUGGGAGGCUUGACUAAGAGCAUAGAAUCCCUUAGUUGGCUGCCACAUUUUACAAAAGCCACCAGGCUUUGGGCUUUACCAGAAAAAAUAAUUACAGGAUCAAACCUCCAUUUAACUCCUUAUCGUGGUGGAAAGAAAAAUUAUCAUACUGUGUCAUUACCAAAGGGUCUAUUCUGUGUAUAUCUUUUUAUUUUAUUUUUUUUAUGUUGUAACAAACAUAAAAUGAUGGAUGAUAAUAUAGAGAAUCUUCACUGAAUACUUCGGUAUCAUCACCCUUCAUCUUCACACACUCAUGUUGAAGAUUCUCCUCCAACGCUUAAAACUUUUGCCAAAGAAUUUUGCAUGUUGUCUUAGAUAUCAGUUUUGUGGAACAGUUGCCAGCUGUUUAUUUUAUGAGAAGUAAUUAUAUAUAGGAAAAGAAUAAGAGUGGCCUCAUUAGAGGAGAUAAGUAAUAUAUACAAAAGAAAGGAGAAAAUGCAUAGAAAAAAGUUAAGACUGACCAAUGAGAAACAGCAACACUUGCAGGAAAGUGAGAAGUUGGAAAGUGUUGCUCAUGACUAAAUGGGUCAAAAUGCUUGCAGUGAUUUUUUAAUGCCGUUUUGGCACACAAAAAAUUAGAGUUUACUGCCGAUUAUUUACAUGGAGUCAUCUGGGUAGUAAGAUUUCUGCAGGUCAAAAUUCAGAUUUUCAUAUUUCGUUAUAUUAUUGCAGGUGACUUGACACACACUGCCUGAAAGUAAAUCACAAUGGUAUAAUUUCAGUAAUCUUAUUGAACUGUUCUCUUGAAAUAUUUUAAUUAAGAAUUUAUUGGAUAUUUUAUAAUAUUCUACUCUCUGCACAUACUCAGUACUGAAGACUUAAUGUAUUUGCAAGUUGUACAUUUGACCUGGACAUUCACCAGUGAGUUACUACUGUGCUGCAUCCCUCCCAUCUUUCUCUUCAUUGUAAAUGCCUUGAUAAGAUAAUGUAUCAAAAAAUAUUUCUAUAAUUUUCCUAUUACAGUAUUAAGAUAACCAUUUUCCAUUUUUUCCAAGGGUUUAUAUUUGCAUUGAACAACACUGCCCCCACACAAUGAACUAGUUCUAUAUAAUGUGGCUACUUGUAGAGAUAGUUAUAAAUAUGAAUGGGCUAGAGUAGUAGAUGAUAAAAUGAAGAACUGCUAAAGCUUUCAUUUGGAGUGAUUCAUUAUUGCACAAACACACACAGGCAGUAUUACCAAAUACUGUAAGAUUAAUUCAGAAUACUCUAUGCAUUGCUCAGUUCUCUAGUUAAAUUGCUGACAUUAAAUAUUAUAAAACGGCAAGAUCUAACCAAUGCUAACCUAACCAACUCCAAUAAGACUUUUGGUCCAUCAUACAUAUGUGUUUGGUUUGCUUAAGCAGAAUCAAGUUAAUUCAGGUAAGGUUAAUGCUUUCAUUAACAGAGUGAAAUAUUGUAAAUUAAACCAAAUUCAGCAAUGGGGGUCAUAUAUAUAUAUAUAUAUAUAUAUAUAUAUAUAUAUAUAUAUAUAUAUAUAUAUAUAUAUAUAUAUAUAUAUAUAUAUAUAUAUAUAUAUAUAUAUAUAUAUAUAUAUAUAUAUAUAUAUAUAUAUAUAUAUAUAUAUAUAUAAUGGCAGCAUCUGCAUUAGUAACCCACCUCAGUAGAUGUCACACCCACUUGUGGUUCAUCUAGUGAGUUGGAAACCAGUCAUCAUAUAAAUGUGUGAAAAUUGGCCUUUAUCAUUAAUCUGUAGUGAUCUAUGAAUGAAACUUAUGAUUGGUGCAAAACUUUUUUUUUUUUGCAAUGUGGAUGCACCAGAUGAUUCUGUCAUGAGGAAAUUUAAAUUCUAGUGGGAAGCUCAUUUAAGAAUUAAAGCAGAAAUCAUUGAUUAUGAAAAAUGGCUGCUGGGUAGUUGUACAUUCUAUAGGAUUAGGUAGUUUGACACCUCAUAAAAUAAGAGAACGUUUGUGCAACCAUACAUUGUGUGUUCAUUGUUUUGGAAAUUUGUCAGAAACAUAGUGGUAUAAUUAUUGCUGAGCCUCAGGGUGUUAUAUUUUUUGGUAGUUUUGUAAUUUUCUGAAAAUAUGCUACAGUAUAUUACAGUUAUGUCCAUAGUUGAAUUUCCUAGAGAUCGGCUCUCUAGAUUUUUCCUCAAUAAGAAUAAUAAACAUCAUAGACACUUAAGGUAUACAUGUAAAAAUAUAUUUUGAAAAAUAUCAUUGGUAAUAUUUGGUUUAUAAUCCAGAAGCACCAGAAAUAUAGUCAGGUCAUAACAAGUAUCUUAUUAGUAUGUGUGGAACCAUCAUGCAUUUAAAGUGUAGUACAGACGUAGAAUACUGCACUAUCAGGUAGUGAUAGACAGGAUUGUGGUAAUGAUAAAGAAUUAUAUUUUAUGAAUGGUGGGUCUGCUUUUGAUAGAAUGUACAUCAGUCAAGUUGAUUGGGCAAAUGUGAUUCUCUAUUCUUGAACGAGUAUUUUGCAUCAUCUGACAACAGUAAAAUUAUAUGAAAUUGGAUCUGUGACAGUGAUAUUACGGUGUUCUGUCAGCACAGUAGGGGAGUGAUCUUCGGUUCUUGUGAUUUGCUGAUGCCAAUAUACGCCUUCCCUCGUGUUGACUGCAUUUUAUCCCUUGUACUUCUAAGUUUUCUCGAGUGCACAACCCUUCUCAAUACUCCAGUGUUUAAUGCUAACUUGUGGUAAUAAUAUCAGCUAUUUCUCUACCCUGUGAUGAAUGCCAAUUUUAUCCCCAUCACUAAAGUAGAAAUUUUUAUGGAUACACAAGUUGAUCUCAGUUCUUUAGUAAGUGUGAGUACUGUACUGUAUAUGCUUUUUUUUUAACUCGUGUGUGAAAGUAGUAGACUGAUCAGGGAUAUGCAAGUCACUACUGGUGCUGUUCCUAAUGAGAUUUAAAUUCAGACUACUGUAGUUGUUUACAUCAGAAACAGAAACAAACCACACUUUGUUGGAACUCUUGGAUUACUUUUGAGUUUUGGAGGUUUCAGUGAAAAUAGUGAACUUAGGUUGUAAUUAAGGUGCAAUUGAACCAUUAAUGUUUGUGUAUCUAUUGUUCAAGGAGUUUUGCACCUGUUGAUGGGGAUGGAUAUGGGUAGGCACUACUGUCAUCUUGUGCAGUCUUAGGCAAUUGGGGAAACCUUGUAAUUUGCUCUGUGUAAAUUCCUAUUAAUGAUGCAGAUCAGCUUGUAAAAGGUAUAUGUAUCUGAACCUUCACAAUGCUCAAUCCCAUAUUUUUUCUUUAUAAUAUUUCCAGUCUUUUCAGACCAACUAAUUUAUGCAUCAUUUAAAAAUAAAGUUAUUUUAUUCUCUUUCUCACAUUGCAGUAAGGCCAUUUUGUUCUUAUGUGCAGUUCAAGAGAUUCUUACUCAAACUGAGAAGGUGCACUUGAGAAUAAUUUUAGCACAGAAGGCUGUUGAACCUUAAUCUUCUAGCUUUGAGUAAUAUUGUUUAUGAAAACUAAAGACUAUUAUCCUAAAAAACAUAAUGUAGUUGUGUCUAUACAAUAUAUGCUUGUAAAUGUGCUUAUAUGAAACAGUAUGAUCGGAUGCAUGCACAAGUAUUUUACACACUCAGACAUCAACAUGUACACCCACUAAAAAAUUAUUUGGCACCCGUGUCAUCUGGUAUCACGCUGUAAGGGUGCUGAAUAAUUUUUAGUGGGUGUACAUGUAUGUAUUGUGCAUGUAUACAUGUGUGUGUGUGUGUACAAGUAUCAUGUACACCCACUGAAAAAUUAUUCGGCACCCUUACGGCGUGAUACAAUAUGACACGGGUGCCAAAUAAUUUUUUUGUUGGUGUACGCAUGUAUGUACAGUACAGUAUUUGCAAACACACACACACAAAUAUAAUCUUUCAGACAGUUGUAUUAAAUAUUAAUAUGCAAUUAAUAUGCAAUAUACUGUACUGUACAUGUUAUUUUAUAUAAUUUGGUUAAUACAUUCAUUAAUAUAUAUCAUGCUGAAUGGGAAGAAGUUAACAUCUUCAAAUGCUGUCUGUUUCAGCAAGAAGACAGCUUCCUAGAUAAUUGAUGUUACCUUAGUUUGGGGCUGUAAGAUGAUUAGGAACCAACCUUUCAUACAGCCUGAUGGCAGAGCACGCCAGGUCUGGCUCGACUUCGGUCUCCUAAUUGGGGAAAGUGAAUCUUUACUGCAACAAAUUUUAAUGGAUUUGUAAACAGGAUAUACCAAACAUAUACAAUGUUUUGAAAUUUAAAAAGACAAAGAAAUCAUGGCUGGAAGGUUAAAGUAUAAUUUCUGUGUAGUAUCUGUAUAUAGAGAGAACCAUGGGCUAUAUUGUGAUUGAAUCCCAUGAGUAUUUGACAAAUCUCAGGUGCAUCUUCAAAUAGUUGGAUGUAACAUCCAUUGUCCACAUAAUGUGACAUCCAGUAUGAUACAGAGUUUGAUUGGCAAACAAAGCCUGUCCUUAUGUCUCUCUUUUUUUUUGUUCUCUCCAAGUAAAAGUUCUAUCACAUGUUUGCAUCCUCUAUUGUGUAUUAUUUUCUGUAUCUGUGCUUUGUAUAUUUUUCAUUUUAAAUACUUGUAUAUUGUUAGCAUUUCUUUGUUUAGCCUUGAGGAAAGUGAUAUACCAACUCAAAAUGUAUUUGUGUCUGUAAAAAUUGAGAAAAUUUUUGGUAUUGGAUAAACCUUCAGAAGGCACUUGACGUAUUCAUACUGUACAGUACAGAAAAUGGGCACCAUCAAAGUAUUAUCCAAAACCCAAGAUUUCAUGUUGUGAAACAUUAAUUAAUAUUCUUGCAAGGAUUUCAUAAUCUAAUAUUUGUAUUAUUUUGCUCCUGACUACAUUUAAGCCAAAAAUGCAGUAAAUAUCAUUUAUAAUUUAAA